AUGUAUCGCGCCGAGUUCAAUGAACUCCUGAUAAGUGAAGUGUCCAAGCGUCAACUUCUUUGGGACGCGCAGCUCAAAGCAUUUAGGAACAGUGGGACGAAAGAGACACUCUGGGAAGAGGUGACUGAAGCCGUGAAAGUGAUCGACAAGACCGUGACAGUGGAUGAGGUCCACUCCCGAUGGAAGAACCUGAGGGACACUUUCCGAAAAAAAAUGAAUGACGAGAAGGGGACAAAAAAGAGUGGGGCUGCAGCUUCCUCAAAAUCUAAGGUUUGGCCCUACAUGGCCCAAAUGCAGUUCCUGAGGGACACAUUAGGUUUGCGCAAGAGCGGUAAAAAUUGUUGCACCGCCCAUUUAAUAAUUUACAUUCUUUUUAGAAGCUUCAGCAACAUGGAGGCCACCGAUUUAACGGUGGCACACAUGAGUCAACCGGCAGCAGACAGUCCGACGCCUCAAGGGAGCCCAAGGGGGCCGGACGCCUCAAGCAGUCUGAAUCUGAUUUUUGCGUCACCGGGCUACGCCGAGACCUCUGCUGCUGGUCCUUCCCAAGCAGCCGAGCCGGGAAGCUGCCCAAGAGAAAGCGUAGCGACUAGGACACACGCAAAAAGCCAAAAACGGAAGCAGGACUUGGAAGCAGUGGAAGACGAACUCAACGUUGUGAGAGGGGCCCUGGCAGCACACAAGCCUAUGGAUGCUACUGUCCACUUCCUGCUCUCCCUAGAUCCAUACUUAAAGGCGACACCCGAGUCUAUGCAGACUCACCUUAAGAUGGAACUUCUACAUAUUCUAUCUCAGUAUGCUCAAGGCCGAUACCCUGAUGCACUUCUUGUAAAGAGCGAGUAAAGACAAAUGAGUCACACC